AUGCAGAAAGCCAUGAAUGAUUUUGGAAAUGCCAUUGCAAGAGUUGGGCAUUUGCUGGCUCAGCAUCUAGAUCAAUAUGUAAAAUCAAGAAAUAUUCGCUAUAAAGAUAACUUGCUUGAAGAUAUCAUGAUAAAUAAUAAAGAUCAUGUUUUUCGGUUAUUAUAUUAUGUGCCUUUUGGCCGUAACGAUGAUUGAGUAUCUUGGCAUCGUGAUUUCGGAGCCAUUACAGGAUUAUCAUGCCCUAAUAUCUAA